ACACUCCGCCUCCGCUGCCUCGAAGUCCGGAAAACGAUCGUGAGAAUCGCCCCUUCAAGGAAGGAGGCAUGGCGGGGAUCAAAGCUUUGGUUGGUUUAUCAUUCACUGGAGUCCUUGGUUUGACAUUUCUUAUGUUGGGAUGUGCCUUAGAAACAUAUGGUACCUACUGGCCCUUAUUUGUCUUGAUAUUUUAUGCCAUAUGCCCUAUUCCUCACUUCAUUGCAACAAGACUAAGCGAUGAUACAGAUGCAGCAAGCAGUACUUGCAAGGAACUGUCAUAUUUUUUCACAACUGGAAUUGUGGUCUCUGCUUUUGGACUUCCUAUCAUUCUUGCACGUGUUGAAGUGCACAUUUAUAACAUUGUCAGUGAAAACAUUGUAUACCAGGUUCUUGAUGAUACAAUAGGAUGGGUUCUGAAAGACAUUCAUUCCCUUCAUAAGUGA